AUGAAAGAACCGACUUUCCAUCAAAACACGCUGGUGACCAUAGUGGGAGCCAACAGCCUUGCUGUCAAGUCUGUCGUGCCGCAGCCACUGAUCAAGAUCUCUGUGGAUGAAGAGGUUAAAUACGAGUUCAACCAGCAAAAGUUUGAGGAGUACACCUCCUCCUCCUCCUCCUCCAGAUCUUCCUUCCUGCGGCCACUUGCGCCGCCCGCGACGGCGGCGAUGGAAUCGGUGGUGAACGAUCUCGUCGCCUCCCUGAAUCACCGGAGGCUUCAUCGCGAGGUGAUGCUGGCUCUUCGAUCGGGGAUCCGCGAUUCAUCGGCUGAUUUCUCCUUCUUGAGGCUAAAAGGACUUCGGAAUCUACUCAAAUCUCUCAAAUCAAUCGCUAAUUCUGAUGCUGCUAUUGGUCUCUUUCGCCAAUCGCAGACAAUUACUGAACUCCAAGUGGUUCCAGUUCUUUUUGAGAACAGUCUGCGACAAUUAAAAGAUGAUCCUAUUGUAAAGCUAGAUCGCAUCUUCGGAGUGGAGCCUAUGAAGAUAAACAGUCCUGCUACUGACUCUGAAGUCGCUCUUGCUCUUAGGGUUUUGGAAGGAUGUUGUCUUCUCCAUCGUGAGAGCAUAGAUCUGGCUCACAAGUAUAAGGCAAUAAAGGUUCUUUUAAACUUAUUAUCAACUGGAGGAGUGCUUUUGCAGGGGGCAUGCUUAGAUGCUCUAAUAUCUUUAAUGUUGGAUUCUUCACCCAACCAGAUGGAUUUUCAGAAAAGCAAUGGCAUUGAGAAAAUUGCAGACUUUAUAAAGAAUGAGCAAGGGGAUGAAAGCAUAAGAUUGAAGUGUGGGGAGUUCUUGCUAAUACUUGUUGGCCAUGUAAAUGGAAGAAGGAAUCUAGCUCCAUUGGCAACCAUACAUGAUGACAUAAGGCAACUUUUAGGUGAGGAAUCUGCAUCUCUGGUAUGGGCAGCAAGCCAAUUUGGCACAACUUUGGACCCAGAGCAAAGACAAACAGCACUCCAAAUCCAAGCUCGGAGAGUUCUGGAUUCCAUAGAGAUGUACUGAUGCAAGUAUCAUUAGGCAUCAGAUGCUUCGACGUUUUUCUGCGGAUUCAGUCCAAAAUUUGAGCAGCAAAAAUGGGAUUUUCUUCUGGCUAAUUUCUUAUGCCCUUAUGAUUCAGUCAAGCUCAUUAUACUUCUGCCCCAGGCUCUCCUGAUCUUCUUGCCAUUCAGCUCUUCACGUUUACAACUUCUCAGUUAAUAUGUAUUCAUGCAUGGCGGCUAUUUGUGUCGAAAGACGAGGAACAUUUUUUAUGCAAUUUUCAAAUGGGAUUACGGAAUCUGGACCAUGCCCUUUAUGGAGUUAAUCUAACCAUGUAAUUUGACAUUGCAUAGUGUUUCUGAUGGUAGUUUGUACUUGUACUGACUCUGUUGAGCUUGCGUGGUUGAGUUGUAUUCGUGUUCAUAUAUACUUAAACAUCCGUUCCACUGAAAAGCUAUAUUCAAGUUCA